GAGUUUGUCGAACAAAAAUUAACUAAUGAAUAUUUAAUAUUUGAUACUAUAAAAGAACCUUUGAUGUCUAUUCACAUUCACGUGCUCACGCCUGAAACGGCUUUAAACAGUAGAAAGAAAUGUUAAAAAGAAACGACAGAAAGAGAAAAAAGGAAAUAAAGGUAAUGGCGUUGCUGCAAUUCUCAAGACUUGCCAAGUAAAACGCGAUUCUAACGCUUCACUCCACUAUUGAGGGUUCAGCUCAGUAUCUGCACUCAGAAUUCAAUCUAUUCUUUCUGCUCAAUUGCUGCUUCUUUCUUCCUUCGUUUUUCAAUUUGCCUUCAAAUUCCUCACUUCUAUUGCCGAUUUUCUUGAUUCUCUGGUUACAAUAGAAAGCGCUUCGGUGAGCACCUUAAUUUCCGGGCAAUUCUUCUGGAAAUCAGAUUUUCACAAUGGAAAUUUGCCCUGGCUAGGCUACAGACUUCAUAACCCUUUCUAUCUUAUCAGGCAUUCUGGAGAUUAGCCAGUGAGAAGUUGGUAGCUUUUUUAAACUAAUUUCUAGCUUCAAUGGUAAAGACAUGAAGGUGGAAAAGAGCAGAGUCCCGGAUGUGGACUCAGAGGAUGAUAAUGAGCUGGCAGAAGUGGGUUGUGAGCUUGGCAUGGUGGAAGGGCAGCUGUGCAAUAUACCAUAUGAGCUUUAUGAUUUGCCAGAUUUAAGGGAAAUAUUAUCUAUGGAGACAUGGAAUUCAUGUUUAACAGAGGAAGAAAGGUUCUUUCUCUCAGCAUACCUUCCAGCUGUGGACCAGCAGACUUUUUGGUUGACCAUGAAGGAGCUUCUUGGUGGUAGUGAUAUGUGUUUUGGCAAUCCUGUAGAUAUAUUUUUCAAGAGAUUGAAAGGUGGAUUCUAUCCUAGGAAGGUGGCUUCCUUCAGAGAAUGUUUGCAAUUUAUGCAGAGGACAAUGUAUUAUCAUUCUUUAAGAUCUUACCAUGACAAAAUGGUGGAAAUGUUCAAAGACAUGAGCAGGCAAUGGAAUCAAUGUGACAUGAGCAUUGGUGUUCAGGAAAGAAUUCAUACAUGGAAGACUAGGAGAAAACAUGUGAGCAACAAUUUGCUUGAUCUGAAUACAGUUCCUGAUGAUAGUGACUUGUUAGGUGAUGAGACUAGCAGUGUUACACCUGUGCACCAUUUGUCGAAGAAAAUGAAGCUUUUAAGUAGUAGCCCAGCUAACAAUAUCUUUCCCUCUCUAUCUGCUGAAAGGAUGAAAUUUGUUACUCCAAAUUGCAAUGCAAAGGGGUUUCUCAAGUUAAAGGCAUCUCAUGAAAGUUCACUACAAAAUCACAAUCCAAAAUUAACUGCUGUGGACAUGUCUGAAAAUUAUAGAUCUGAGCCGAAAGGUCUGCUGAAAGUAGUACCAAGGGUUCCUUCCAUCGCACCAGAACAUUCAAAAGUGAUGCAGAGGCAACUACAAUCAAUCAUGCUGGGCAGUGGCAAAACUUUGGUUGAUGGCAAAGUAUCUUGCUUACCAGCAUCUGUAUUCUUCAGGGAGGCACAUGCUCUAGGUGAAUUCCCUUUUCUACAACAGAAAGUUGGUGAUGGUGAAGUUCAGAGGACUGGGAAGGAGCCUUGGUGUGUACUGAAUCAGCAAGAAAGUGCCAUAGGAAUCAGUAGAUAUUCAGAGAGUUCUACUUCAACAAGAAUGGUAACGAGGGAAAUGAAUCCAUCAUCAGAAGAUGCUGUUGAUUUAGGAGAUCAGACACUAUCCAAAAGCAAUGUGGGAAGGCGUGUUAAUGUCGAAUCUGAGUCAUUAAUGGAUACAAUGGGUGCAAAGAGGUAUUAUUUUUGUGGAACAGGAAGUAAAGGAAUUCCUGAUAGUCCUUUGACAAAUUUUCCAUUUAACAUUCAGUGCUAUGAAGGAAUGUGCCACUGGCAGAUAAAACCAAUGCAACAAAAGCAUAAAACUGUCAAUCCAAGCUUUCCAACCGUGGUCCCAAGAACUUCCAAUGUAGUAAUCAGUAAUCAGGAAACAGAAGUGUCGCCUUCUUCAGAUCAAAUUAAGGGCCAGAUUGAUGUGAGGGUCAGAAGUUCGGAGAAACUCUUUGGUAAACCCAUUGUUUCAGAGGGGCUUAAAAAUGAACCUGUGUUUCCAUUGACAUACAAGCGAAGGAAGUCUCAAGUUAAACAUAACUCAUUUAAUUUUGGGAAGCCACUAACAGCAGGAGCUGAUUUAAACUCUGCAAGCUCAAAAUAGUAUCAAUGUUAGGGAGCAGCGAAGAUAAAGUAGAUGUGGUGGAAAACAGAGCUUAAAGAAACUUUGGGGACUAAAGGAGAAUAUCAAACUUCAUCUAUGGUUUCCAUAAAAUUAUUCAUGUAUUAUACAAUGUAUGUUGGUAAAAGAAAAAGCCCAUCUUUAGGGCAAUCGCAUUAUCCGACAAUUUAUUACUGCCGUUAUAUA